UUGUGAUGUCAUGCUUUUUGUUUCUGAUGAUUUGUCUCCAGCCACAGUUGUUGGCACACAGUCAUAAAGACGACCCAAGACGAGUCUUUAUGAUUGUCUGCCACAGUUGUUCCUCUUAAUGCAUUUGUUUUAUUUUUUUUGAAUAAAUCUACAAUCAAUAUUCUGCUUUCUUUCUGGACUUUAUUAGGUCAAUUGUGCAUGGAAGGAUGACCAUCUGUAAACCUUACUGUCUUAAACACAAGGAGUUCUAUGUCAACAUUGCCAGUGGGGUUUAUUGCGGACUGUUCAUCGCGGGGAUGCUGUACUUGGUUUCGUGUCUCCCAUCCAGUCACCAGAACCAGUGCAGUAUGGUUCUUGUGGAAAGUAUUCCUCAACACAUGCAAUACAAAGCCAACGCGACCUUUGGGAUCCCUUUGGAGAAAGCUUGGAAGGACCUCCUUUCUGUCGCGACAACCAACCUGGAAGUAGUUUCUUUUUACUGGACAUUAACUGGGGAUGACAUCGGCAUCAACGCUUCCUCUGAUAAACCCGGACGGGAAAUCUUUGAGCAACUUCAAUCUCUUCCCUCCAAGAAGGUCGAAGUCCGAGUGUUGACCAGCAUUCCUUCCAUCAAAACACACUCCACUGACUUAAAGAUCCUAGCAGAAAAAGGAGUGUAUGUACGCCAUGUGGAUUUUGGACACCUGACAAAGGGUGUGCUGCAUAGCAAGUUCUGGAUAGUGGACAGACAACAUGUGUUUAUCGGAAGUGCCAACAUGGAUUGGAGAGCUCUGACACAGGUAAAGGAACUCGGCAUGGUCAUUUACAACUGCCCCAGUCUUGCAAACGACCUCUAUCAGAUCUUCUCGUCUUACUGGGAAUUGGGAAUGCCUAAAAACACCAUGCCAGAAUACCUACCAGUCAGUCACAUCAAUAAACAGAACCCCCUGUUGGUCAAAGAGGAUAACAUCACCAGCAGACUCUACAUAUCAGGUUCCCCACCGUUAAUCUGCCCUAAUACACGGACUCUGGACCUGGAUGCCAUUGUUUCCAGCAUCUCGGAAGCUCAACGCUUCAUUGAUGUAGCUGUCAUGGAUUAUUCCCCCAUCAUACGCUUUCAACACCCAAAACGGUACUGGCCCGCUAUUGACAACGCGAUUAGGACAGCAGCGUUCAGGAGGGUUAAGAUCCGAAUGCUGAUCAGCUGCUGGCCCAACUCCUUUCCAGGAAUGCUACCUUUCCUUCGGUCACUUGCCUCCUUAAACAGCUCCACGCAUCACAUCAGCAUUCAAAUAAAGUUCUUCAUUGUGCCUGGUGGAAACCAGACUAACAUUCCCUUUAGUCGCGUCAACCAUAACAAAUACAUGGUGACUGACAAAGUGGCCUACAUUGGAACGUCCAACUGGGAUGGGGACUAUUUCGUGACUACAGCUGGAGUGGGUUUGGUGAUUUCCCAGCAUGCUCCUCCCUGUAUAUGGAAGAGAAAAACCGUGCAGGGCCAGCUACAGGCGGUGUUCAACAGGGACUGGUACUCUGAGUUUACAGUGAACCUCACUGACCUGGGUCACCAUGCAGACUGCCCACUGUUACCAUGAGAAAGGAUAAAUACUCUUUAUAUGUGGUCAACUACAUCUUAAUAGCAUCAAUUGAAAUUAAGUAAUCGAAGCUACGUUUGAUAUAUAAAUUCGCAACAAGAUAUCCUGUAUGAACAUGCGCUUUAAUUGUUUUGGUGUAUUUUCAUUUACUGCGUUGCCUGGAAUAAACAGUGACAUUGUGUG